AUGUCGGCCUCGCCGAACGGCUCAGGCAUUGCAAGUGGAGCUCUUGACGCAUCGGUAUGGCUCUCUCAGCCUCUCUCCUCCUUCGUCAGCCGCGGCACCGCUGGCGAGAGGAGCGCCGCCGACCUGCUUCUCCCUCCCAAAACUCUGGCCUUUGCGAGGCGCAACAAUCUCUUCACACUCGGUCAGAUUAUGCUGCUCAGCCGCACUCAGGUGGCCGAUAUGCUCAAGAUUCCCAUAUACGAAGUUGAUGGGUGGCGCAGAGAUGUCAUUGAGAUGGCGUACAGGGCCAAGGGCACUCAGGGUGCAGCUCAUCACGUCGGGGCGAGGAGCUUAGGCACUCAGAAGAGGCAGCGGGGAGAGGUGGCGCAGGCAAGUAGCAAGGGCAAGUCCCGCGCCCGCAACGACGUUGAUUGGGUCUGCCUCGGCGACAAGCUCCUCGACGAGGCGAUUGGCGGACGUGGGCUACGCAAGGGCAUGCUCACCGACGUGGUAGGGGAGAGCUCAUCGGGCAAGUCGCAGCUGGUCAUGCAGAUGGCCGUGCAUGCUGCGUUGGGCCUUGACCAUGACGAUGACGAUGAAGACGAAGAAGCGUGGGGCUUCAACCGUGCGAGGGCGAGCAGUGUCGCCUUUCUGCUCUCAGAGGGGGAUAUCCAGUCUCUCAACUUCAGCGGCAGGAUGGUAGAGAUGGCCCGAGCCACACUCGCGAGGCGGUGGAACGAAAGGCUAAGACGCACAGGCUUGGUGGUCAAGACGGAGCAAGACGCUGGGGCUCUCGCCGCCUAUCUCGACGAAGCUACGGCUCUACUCCUCUCAAACCUGCAUAUUGCCAAAGUAGUGGACAUGGACGCUCUUGAGCAUGCGGUAAUGUACACUCUCCCCGGAUUGGCAGCUCGCCUUGAGCAGCCACCUGCAUCGGCGUCAACUUCUCGGCCCGCAGCCCCUCCCUUGGGUCUCGUCAUCGUAGACAAUAUUGCCUCAAUCUACCAUCCAGUCGAAGCCGGGACGAGCUUCCAAGCCCUCAUUGAGCGAUCACGUCACAGCGCACUCUUGGCCAACGAACUACGUCGGAUCGCCACUACGUGCAGUGGAGGCGCAGGGUGUGCGGUCGUCGUAGUCAAUCAUGUGCAGGACUGCUUCGAGAGGGAGAACGAGGCAGCGCGGAGAAUCGUGGCUCAGCAGCAGCUGGGCAAGAGGGCGAAGAGUGGUGACAGGACGAGGGGACGGCCGACUUCCUCUUCGUCGGCGGCUUCACCAGCGCCGCUGCCUCCCUUGACCUACGCUGCCCAAUCGCCCUUCUUCACCGGUCAUUUGGCAACCAUGCUAUCUGCUGCAGUACCUCACGACGCUGACCAGCGAGUCUCCCUCGCACUACUGCCAACACACCGCUACAAGCAAGCAGCGUUGAGCAAUACCUGGAACAACUGCAUCAAUGCACGUCUUGUCCUCUGUCGGUCGCACGUCACUCUCGACGACGAAGGAGGUGGAGGUGGGGAGAGUCGGGCAAUUGGAGUCAGUAUGGCAGGGGAGGAAGGCAUGAAAGACGAGAAGAGCAAACUUGGAGGGGGUGACAUCGUCGCUCUACGCACCCUUCACCUCAUCUUCUCACCGUGGUGCCCACCCCGGAGCGCACAGUUCCUCGUCACGCAGGCGGGGUGUCAAGGCUGGUCAGGCAGCGAUUGGACAUUCAUGCCGCACGAGCACGCGCAUCACGACGAGGAGAAGGAGGAGCAGGAGGAAGAGGAGCGUCUCUACGCGGACGGGGGAAAGAGGAACAGGGACGAUUUCGAGCGCGCUCUGGCUGGGCUGGACGAGGUGGGGUUACGAUCGGCAUCGGGGUCGCAGGCGUAUCGUGAAUGA